UUUAGGAAGUUAGACAGCUUCUCCUUGUGCUGUUAUGCUACUAGAGUUCUCAAGCACGUGGACUGCCAAUACCCAUUGUCGGCGCAAGACUCAUUUUCAAGUUGCAAUCGCAUGAUUGAGGACUCAGGUCCUAGAAAGAUAAUUUGGUUGCUCGGUGUUCUUUCUGUGCUUGGUAACCUGGCUGUUAUAGCCUGGCGUCUAAUUAGGCGCGACGACCACCCGGUUCAGACCUGUCUUCUGACGAAUCUCGUGGUGUCCGACUUUCUCAUGGGAGUGUACCUUAUGAUUGUAGCCAUUCAAGACCAAAUAUGUGCAGGUAUGGGUUUCGAUCACCAGUGUUUCGUUGGGAGCAAUACAAGUUCUUAUUUUUUUUCUAUUUUACUGACAGAGCAUUUAUCAUAAGCUUCGCUAGUUUUAUAAGUCAGAGAUUUCGAAUCAAAAUGAUGAAACAGUACGUAACCCUUUUAAGGGUCUUUUUAAAUGACCUUAAAAAUCAAUUUGACGGGAUCACACUGAAUCGAGCCUUAAAAUAUGAGCUCAUGAUCUGGAAAAAGGGGGCUGUCGCAGUCUGUUCCCUUUUCAUUUUCGUGUUCGCUUUCCCAAUUUCGCGGGCCCGACUAUCACGGAGCUUCGAACACUCAGGCUAAACUUUGACCGGGUGUCAAUUUAAUUAAACUGUUACUAGAAUUUUGACAUCAAUCCUGUGACGUCAUUUCCCGCCAAAACCGUUAAAAUCAUAAGGUAAAACCAACAAAACACGCGCAAUAAAAAGUUGUACCAUCCUGCAAAGUUUCAGAUCAAACGGAUAAAAAUUGUAAGAGAAUUCUUUCCUGGUCAUUUUUGAUGGUUUUUUUUUUUUUUCAAGAGUGCAAAGCGCAAAGUGUUGCUAUCGAUUUCAUACUCUAAAUGCGUACAAUCGUAAAUUCUUCAUUAAAUUGACCCCAGCCUCAGCUACUAUAAUACAUAUCGUGACUUCGAUCGAAUUCUUUUAAAUAAUAAUGUGACUUGGAAGACAUUUUUCGGGUACAGCAUACAAUAGGGUGCACAGACAAGUGAGUGUUAUCAUAAUACUGAAAGACUGCUUCAUUUCCAGGUGCUUACUUUAACUUCGACCUCACGUGGCGAUCAGGAACACUUUGUAAACUUGCUGGUGCUUUAUCAGUGCUGUCAAGCGAAGUCUCGGUACUAAUGCUGACUGUUAUAACUGCUGACCGAUUGAUCAAUAUCGUCUUUACAUUCAGCUGUCGCCGACUGACGCUAAGGGUAAUUUACGUUAUUUGCGCAGCCGUCUGGGUCAUCGGAAUCAUCAUUGCCAUCGUUCCAACAAAUGAUGUCCCCUAUUUUUACAACGAGGACAGACAAUAUGGAUUUUACGUUAUUUCGAUUUUCAAGUGAAACUCCGUCCCCCUUAAUUUAAUUUCCCCUUACUGUCUAGCUCUUUUAAUCUAAUGGAAUAAAACGUCUUGAUCAGUCUACCGAAGUAUAGUGAUGUCAAGGAAAGUUUCGGUUAUUUUUUAGAGAAUCUUAGUAAAAUGCUUGACAGAAGAUUGUUAUGGUAACAGAAUACUGCGCUCUGUGACUUUUUGGGUGAGAAACUGUCAUCGCCAUCUUCCUCAUCAUUAUUAUCAUCAUUAUCAUCAUCAUCAUCAUCAUCAUCAUCAUCGUUAUUUACUUCUUGUUCUUCCUCUCUCCUUAUCAUUAUUAUUAGCCUGUCACAUUAUCUGAUAAUAUAUAGAUUUAGCCAGGGCUAAAAGCGAGGCUCCCAUGCAUUAAUAAAUUUAUAAUUUAAAUCAAACAAUAAACUUGUAUUCUACAAUUCAGUUAACUUUAGAGUACAUUCAUGUGACUUUUCAGGGAAAGGCUAAGUGAUGUUAGACAAAAAUAAUUUGCAAACAACCCCAGAGUGAACCAAAUCUUACAUCGAGUUGAUGGCCUCAUAUGUACACCCAAAAACUGGCAAUCGUCUUCGAUCACAUUUUUUAAGGGCCAUAAUGGCUCUUGAUCACCGUAGGUUAAUUAGGCCUGGAAAAAAGUUCCGGCCGAAUUUUUUGCGUUCGACAAGUUUACUUUACAAAAUAUUGCCAACAAAUCUGGGUUCGUGUAAACCAACCUUAUAUAUCAUUUAUACAUCACAUCUGAGGUGAAACAAUACUAUGAGGCACUGUUUUUAUCAUACAGACCUCGGACAACAGAAUGCAGUAUUUGACAGUUUUGCAAUACAAAUUGCUAUCAUUCAAUAUUCAGGACGAUCAAAGCACGCGUGGGCUUUAGCUAAACUGUAAAAAAAAUUUCCAAAAUCACCUAUACGGCCAGCCGGUUCUGACUUUUGAAGUGCUAGCUGUGGCGAGUGUUUGAAUGAACUUUUAACACAGUUAAGCUCCAAUAUAAUAAAGAAUUUAUUAUGUUUAUUUUUUAUUUUAAAAUGGUUUAACGCGCGGCACUUUGAGUACUCUGAGAAGCGUUGUUCACUGAACGACUGAAAACAAUCGGCACAGCGAUUAAAAUUACAAGAGAGACUACUAAUAAUCAAUAAAAGAAAUAAAAUUCGGUGAAACAUAUACAGAGACGACAAUUUUCAUUCAGGAAGACAAGUAUUAAAGUGUUUCUAAAAAUCCUGAGUCUUCGAGCUUAAAGCUGAAGUUUUUGUUUUAAGCCGGCUUCCCGGUGUUUGCUUUUUUCAAAGACGAACUCGAGGCAAGAAAAUCGCUCAAAGCUUCUUUUACAGCCUGAAUUAUAACUAAAAAUUCUUUGGAACGUGUUCUUUCUAUUUGCGGUGAGAAAAAAGAUCUGUAAGCUUAUAUAAACCUGAUACUCGGUCAGAUCAUUGUCUCAAAUCUUACAAACGUGCGUAAACAAAAUAGCCGCAUAAACUACGCUCGACUUCAUUAAAUUAGAAAUAAAAAACAAACAUCAAAUACAAUAAUUACUCGGGCUUACCACUCGAGAUGCAGCUCCUCAAAGGUAUCAAGUAAGGCCAGUAUCGCUUCAGACUUUGAAACCCUCUUACGCAUUAAGCAAGAUGAAAACGAAAACGAUGCCAUCCGAAAUCGGAUUUCCAACUUUGACAAGUGACGUAUUUCUCAACCAAAAACCCAAUAAACAAACUAGCCAUGGAUAACAGAAGACUUCCGAUAGCACCUGAAUUUCAUUUUGUACAUCCAGUAGAAAAGGACAGUUAAAAAAAUCACAAGUUGACACAAAACUCUGUCAGCUUCAGCUGUCAAAGUAAACAAGACUCAAGAUGCCGCCUAAAUUUUCCGCAUGAACUCACCUGUCAAAUUUUGACCAAUCAGAGCAUAAAAAUUGGACGUAGAACGUGACCAACGCGUGAACAUGGUGAGAAAAGUCAAAAGCAACUGUCUUCCCUGCCUGUAGCAGCUGACUGAAUUUUCGCGUCCGAGAUCAGUUUGAAAUCAAAAUUUUAAUUGUGCGCCACAUAAACACAACAUAUUUCAUACGAAUUUUUUAAAAAAAAUUAAACUUGAGCCUGCGAUCAUUUGAAAACCAGUACCUUGUCAGCGGAUAACUUCAAAAAAAUACGUGACCUCGAUGGGUCGAAACCUGAGCCCGCGAUUCGCUCAAGUGAUACCGGUCAGCGGAUACCUUGUUUUGACAGCUGUCAAUUGAUCACAACAUUGAUGUCCAAUAUGUGUAUCAGUUUUCCUAUGCUCCCAAACUAGCUAAAAAGUAUGAUUGAACAUUGUUCGCGAUCUAGUAAAACGAUUAACUGGUCAGCGGACAGCUUCCAAAUAAAUCACGUCACCUCGAUGAGUUGACACAUGAGCCCGCGAUAUGGUCAUGGGAUACUGGUCAGUGGCUAUCCUGUUUUGACAGCUGUCAAUUGACCAUAUUGUGAGUGUCAUAUAUAAAAGAUGAGGACUUGCCAAGACACGCCUGAGACACCCCUCCCUUCCUUUUGAUAGUCUCCCCUACCCUACCCGUACAAUCUGUAGACGCGUACGUACGUACGUACGUACGCUCGGUCAGUCACGUGACAACCAAACGAAAAGAGGUUGACCAUAUUCCAUGAGUAUGGGGCUCUGUCCCACGCGCGCUUCGCGCGCGGGAGCCCCGCUAUUAAGGACCAACUAAAAUACGUAAUUCGUAUUUUUUUUUAAGGGCGUUCUGCAGUUUGUCUCCCUCUCCAACUGUCCUCAGAAAGGCUGGCCGGCUGGGAGUAUUCAGUUGCCAUAUUUAUCGCUUUGAAUCUCACAGCUUUCCUUUUCAUCAUGACAGCCUACAUAGCCAUUAUCUUUAAGGUGUUUAAGUCACAGCAGAGAAUCAACGCACAUGGAGAAUCAAAAACCAAUAACAGCCUCAACAGAGAGUCGGCCCUCGCUCGGAGAGUGUUCGCCAUCAUCUUAACUGACUUCAGUUGCUGGAUUCCUGUGAUAAUUUUGAGUAUUCUUGCCCUCGUUAGGAAGUUCAAUGAUCCCGACGGAACGGCUUACGUUUGGUUCGCUGCGUUUGUCCUGCCGGUUAAUUCAUCAGUUAAUCCAGUGGUCUACACGUUUUCUACACCGAAGGUAAGAGCGCAAGUAGGGAAACCAAUGAAGGUGUAA